UUUAAAUUGUGGAGGAAAAGCAUAAGUGAGAGGUAGCUUAAAUGCAAACUUGUAGAUGUACUAGAACUGAGGGGGUUAAUGGAGAAUUGUUGGAUGCUAAAGGGUUAACAAAAACCCGCGAUUCCUCACUUGUCAGAUGCAAAGGAGGAGGAACUGAGCGAUUCCACCACCAACACUUUUGUCUUUUUGGACUUUUACAUUUAACCAACGGAAUGAAAUUUUUGGUGAGCUUUGGCCUGGUUUUAACUGUCGUUUUAUGCAUUCUUGAGGCUAUUUGGUUUAGGCGUGCUCUCUGUGUGAUGAUCGUCCCUUUUGGUAUUUCUUGUUACGAUUUGUAAAUAAUCCGUUGAAUUUUCAGGUGUGGUUGUUUUGUCAUCUAUUGCCAUAUUCAGGCAUAAACCCUCUUUCCUUUGGCCGAUCAUAGGA